UCCGUGGACAGGGAGCCUUACAGGAGUCGGUUGGAUAAAGGCGAUCGCGCUUUAACAGGGAAGCAUUGGAGUAACCAUAGCGUUGUUCAGCUCGGUCUUAUAUGACUGUAGGGGUUCUGUUUUGUCAAAAAAAGAAGUUAAUAACUACAGCAACCCCUGCUGCGUGGAUUAGAGAGGUGCGUGUAUCGUGCACACUUCGAUCGGAUAAAAUUGUUUGAUUGGUGCCUGUAAAACUUCAGCUCGUUUUCGGAGGACCCUUUCAUCUUUCUUAUACACACCGUAGAGGAGACACCGGUGACCGUAGUCUGGACUUUGGAUAAGAUAUCUGGAGGAAGCAUCAGUUCCUGUACCUUUACACACAGGAGCUUUAUAUCCCCUUGCCUUCCGACUGUUUACAAGAGGCCAGAAGUGGAGAAGCUCAGUUGAAGGACUCUUGGCUGUCACACGUCUGAAUCAAUGCCAAAUCCUUGUCCUCCUCAGACAGCCUAGCAAAGGUGCAGGAGGUAGCAAGCUGGCUUUUGGAAAUGAACCAGGAUCUGCUGUCGGGGGGCAGCGGCAGCAGGGCGGCCCAGCAGCAGAGUCAAAGGCCGGGGGCAGCGGGGGCAGGUAACAGCACCUCCGGCGGCCACACACCCCAGCCCCAGGCGGAGCUUAUGAACCAGGAGGAGCAGGAGGCACAGGAACCGAGGAGGGUGCCAGCCGGGGAGGAGGAGGAGGAGGGCGGAAGCGAGCAGCCGAGAGAGGAGGAGGAGCCGUGGCCGUCCGGAGGCGAGCCGGUUGUGGAGCGGCACAGGAGCGAGGUGAACGGAGGAGAGAAGGGAGCGCAGUGGAUGUGGGAGCAGGAGCAGAGACGGCGGCGAAGACGGCAUUGUGGGGAGGAGGACAACGAGGAGGAGGAGGAGAAUAAUAACAGUGGAAGGGAAGGGGCGGGACUUCGUUCUGAGGAAGAUGACGACCGGCCGGAGGAUGGGGAGGAGGAGGAAAUGGACCAGGACAGUGAUGAGUUUGAGCAUUCAGAUGAUAGUGGGAGGGAAGAGGAGGAGGAGGAGGACCCUGAAGAGGAGGAGGAAGGUGAGGAAGGCCUCCACUCGCCCUCCCUCAGGACCAGUGUUUCGGACCUUAAUGACAAUACGGACCAGUCUUCUGGACGACAGCACCAAAGCAAAAGGGACACGAUGAAGAGAAAGUUGGACCAUGGGCCCGAGGUUCGACCUUUCCCUUCAGGAAAAAAACCAUGUCCAAGCCCUACAGGACUGCCACACCCAGCCACGCCCACUACGUUUGGGGUCUUGCGAGCAGCCAAUGGGCAGGGUCAACAGAGGCGGCGUAUCACAUCCAUCCAGCCCCCCGCAGGUCUUCAGGAGUGGCUCCGCACCUUUCAGAGCUGGAGUGGACCGGAGAAGCUGCUUGCGCUGGAUGAGUUGAUUGACAGCUGUGAGCCCACGCAGGUCAAACACAUGAUGCAGGUGAUCGAACCACAGUUUCAGAGAGACUUCAUCUCACUGCUGCCCAAAGAGUUGGCCUUACACGUGUUAUCGUUUCUGGAGCCAAAGGAUUUGCUUCAGGCAGCUCAGACGUGCCGUAACUGGCGCAUUCUAGCAGAAGACAACUUGCUCUGGCGGGAGAAGUGCAAGGAAGAAGGUAUCGAUGAGCCUUUGCACAUAAAGAGAAGAAAAGUUAUCAAGCCAGGGUUCACACACAGUCCCUGGAAGAGUGCCUACAUCAGACAACACAGAAUAGACACCAACUGGCGAAGAGGGGACCUCAAAUCACCCAAGGUGUUGAAAGGCCAUGAUGACCAUGUCAUCACCUGCCUGCAGUUCUGUGGAAACCGCAUAGUGAGCGGCUCUGAUGACAACACACUCAAAGUGUGGUCUGCGGUCACGGGCAAGUGUUUGCGGACGUUAGUGGGCCACACGGGUGGCGUCUGGUCCUCUCAGAUGAGAGAUAACAUCAUCAUCAGCGGCUCUACAGACCGAACGCUGAAGGUCUGGAACGCAGAGACGGGAGAAUGUAUUCACACGCUGUACGGUCAUACCUCAACAGUGCGCUGUAUGCACUUGCAUGAGAAAAGGGUUGUGAGUGGUUCUAGGGACGCCACACUUCGGGUUUGGGACAUUGAGACGGGUCAGUGUUUGCACGUUCUCAUGGGUCACGUGGCGGCCGUGCGCUGCGUGCAGUAUGACGGCCGCAGGGUUGUCAGUGGGGCCUAUGACUUUAUGGUGAAAGUUUGGGACCCUGAAACCGAGACCUGCUUGCACACACUCCAGGGUCACACCAAUAGAGUCUACUCCCUACAGUUUGACGGCAUCCACGUAGUGAGCGGUUCGUUGGACACAUCGAUUCGGGUAUGGGAUGUAGAGACGGGAAACUGCAUUCACACGCUCACAGGGCAUCAGUCUCUCACCAGCGGGAUGGAGCUUAAAGAUAACAUCCUGGUCUCUGGAAAUGCAGACUCCACGGUCAAGAUCUGGGACAUCAAGACCGGCCAGUGCCUACAGACACUGCAAGGUCCCCACAAGCACCAGAGCGCAGUAACGUGCCUGCAAUUCAACAAGAAUUUUGUCAUCACCAGCUCCGACGACGGUACGGUGAAGCUGUGGGACCUACGGACGGGCGAGUUCAUCCGUAACCUGGUAACGCUGGAGAGCGGGGGCAGCGGAGGGGUGGUCUGGCGGAUCCGCGCCUCCAACACCAAACUCGUCUGCGCGGUGGGCAGCCGCAACGGCACGGAGGAAACCAAGCUUCUGGUGCUGGACUUCGAUGUGGACAUGAAGUGAGCCAAGCGGCGGGGUUGAACUUAGGGGACUUGUUUGGAAACUGGGAGGGGGGAGAAGCAACCUGCCCUGGGCCUCUUCACCUGAGCUCCAGGCCAGGACCGUUUGUUCAUGGCAUCUCCACCUCCUUGAUAAGUUGCCGCCAACAACAUUCUCUCCCUGUCGUGCCAUGAUCUCGGCUCACUCCCGACGACUGCCGCCACAGUUCUGUUCACCUUCCGAAGGGGGUGGGGGGGCGGACGCUCAAGCAACGCAGCAUUUUGGGAAAAGGGAGGAAACUAAUGAGAAGGAAGACCUACUUCUUGGAUUCUCACGUUUUCUACCGCUCAAGGCAACAUUGCACAGAGACUUGUUCACUCAAGCCUGACUGAAAUUCACACCCAUAUGUACAAACAUGUUUUUUUUAUCAAAGCAAGUCAACACUGUAUACAUGAGAUCCUAUUGCAUCAACAUGGACAUGGAGUGAAUAGUAGUGUAUACAAGUACAGAAAUUUUAAGAAUUCAAAAGCUUUGUACUGUGGGGUGAUUUAGAGAAAGUCAAAGGAAGCCAAUUUUGUCAUCAACCUCAGCAUACGCCAAAUACGUCUUUCCUCCUCAUGCUUUUCUUAUGUAUUUUCUUUUAUUUUGGGGGGUUUUGUUGUUUUGCUUAGUUCCCCACAACUUCGCCUUUUGGUUAUCACAUCAACAGCUGUGAAUUACAGUUUUGUGCUUAUCAAGUUCAGCGUUUUUUUUUUUCUUUUCACUUCUGUCGACUGUUACAUACAACAGGUCUCAGUAUUAAGCUAAACCCACUCUGCUGUUUCACGUGUUUUGGGGUUUGUAAUUGUUUUCUCUGUUGUUGUUCAGUACUCCAUAAGCAGUGCCUCUCUGGAUCCCGAGUCGACCUGCUUUACGUUUUUCAACCAGUCUGGUCUCGCUAGUUCUUCAGUGCUGGUGCUCUGUGGCAAGUGGGAAUUGUUUUUCCCAUCAACUCCUGGGAAUAUGUCCCCCCACCUAAUCCCAGUACUGUCCAUCCCAGUGGCCAAACUGGAUUUUAUGCUGCUAGACACAUGGAUAAUAUGGUGGAACUUUAACUGGCUGUGACGUUUUAGUCCCAGACUAAAUUCUAAAAAAAAAUUACUUGUAGAGUUUGAACUUGUAAAAACGACCCGAACGAACAUACCAACAAAAGCAAGAUAUUGACAUAACAGCUUCUUUUUUUUGCCACUGAAACUUGAGCCAAAUGUGCCUCUACGAGGCGUAGAGGAGAGAGAGAGAUUGUCUUGCGAAGAGACGGGUUUGACUGCUAGACGAAACGGUGGACAAGUAGAAACUAUUUUGCGCGUGUGUUUGAAGGGGUGUGCGUGCGGGUGUGUGUUUGAGCAAAGUGUUCGCACAUUCCUUUGGGACAAAGCUCGGUCGGUCCGCUCUGUGUGGAAAUGUAUGCUUGGACAAAAAAACCGAAUACCGUUCUUGUUUUUAAUUAGUUAACGAGAUUGUUGGAACCGUUGUAAAGUUACAGAUGUAAAGAACAUUGUCAAGUUCGUGCAGAUUAAGGAUGUUCUUAGUGUACAGAAACAGACAUCCGAUUAGGUUUUAAGUGCUAGAGCUCGCCAUUGGUGAUGCUCUAUUGGUUUUUUUUGGAAUGGUAAAACAGCUUCAUCGAUAUACAGGACGUAACCGCAUCCGUAGCCAAACAAUUCGUCUCAUCCUCCAAGUCCCACAAACUCAAGCUGAACUGUGAAAGUGGUUUAACACUGUAUAUUAAAAGAUAAAACAAUCUUGUUCUUUCUCCUGUUUUGUUUUCCUGUUUAAUUUAUAAUCUGGUUUGAGAAAUCAGAUGUUGGCGCUGUUUUAUUUUUUCAGUUGAUGUAAACUGCCUGGCAUAACAGACAGAAAAAAGAAACCUUAAAGGGAUUGUGUAUUUGUUUGAUUCAUUUAGAAUUUUUAUUUUCUUAUAACUUAAGUGCAAUAAAAUGUGGGUUUUUCUUUUUCAUUUCAAGAUUUUUGGUUGUCUGUGUUCCUCACUGUGUGAAAGUCUCAUGUUGUCCAAUAAAGCUUCUACAGUUUAUUCUGCUUAAAAACCUU